GCUAGAUAAAAAUGGAAAAAAUAUCAUGCUUGCUAUAUUCUACGUUUAAAUUAAUAUUGUAGUAUCUUUUAGGCAGGACUUCAUCUUUUGUCAAUUUGCAGAUAUGUUGUUGGUUUCAGUUUAACACUCAAACCUAUUUGCAAGUUACUGCGACUGACGGCAAACGUUGUAACAUUAUUUUGAAGUCGGUGUCAUCAGACAGAUACCAAAAUGGGACGCCGCUCAAUUAACACCACUAAAAGUGGGAAAUAUAUGAAUCCCACUGAUCAAGCCAGAAAAGAGGCAAGAAAGAGAGAAUUAAAAAAGAACAAGAAGCAGCGUAUGCUAGUACGACAGGCUGUAUUAAAGGGAAAAGAUCCACUACAGUUACUUACAGAGAUGGAAAUUAUAGACAAGAUGGAAUAUAAUCCAGUGGAAGCACCAUUACUGAAUGAAAAAGUGCUAAAAGAUAAAAGAAGAAAAUUGAAGGAAACUUUCCAGAGAGUUGUCAGAUUAUAUGAAAAAGAGAAUUUAGAAUAUUCUAAAGAGUUGAAAAAGGCAGAACAUGAUUAUGAAAAGAAAAGACUGAAGCUUCAGCUUUAUUUUGAACAAGUUAAAAAUGCUGAGCGUGUACAGUUAGACCAGAUUCCAUUACCAGAAAUCCCACAACAGUUAACAAUACCAUCAAUGAUACCUUUACCAAAUGAAAUACCACUGCCGUCACUUGAUAAACUUCCACAUGGAAUAUUGAAGAAAUCUUCGGGAUUCAGAGAGAUAACCAUGAUGGAAGUAGACCAUGAAGCUCUGAGAAAACGAAAACCUCCAGGUCCCCCUCCUGGACCCCCACCACAACUCAGUGACAGUGAAGAUGAAGAAUAUGAUCCAGAAAAAGGUAUAGAAGAAAACAUCGGCACAGUAGAUCUAGACAUAGAACACCCUCAUGAUAGUCCUGACGAAGAUGAUCAUGACCAUGAUGAUGAUGAACUUCUAAGCUCAAAAUCCAGAAAGAUAAGAUUUGUUGAUGAUGAUACAAGGGACCCUGAUGAGGAAGAGAAAGAUACCAGAUUAAAAUUUAAAGCACCUAAGGGGGUGACAGCAUUACAGGCAAAAAUGUUACAAAUGGCAGGUCAGCAAAUACCAGACAAAAAGAAGGAGGCUGAAAGACGACGAGAUAGUUCAGAUAGCAGUUCAGAUUCUGAGAGCGAUGAAGAGGACAGAAGAAGGAGACGAAGACGGAGAGAUGAUGAACGUGAAAGGGAGAGAGAGAAAAGGAGAAGAGAUGAUGAAGAUAAAAAGAAAGCUAGAGAUAGUCUCCCAGAUGGACCUCCUGGGGAAGAUGAGAAACAAGCUCAACCAAGGCUGAUGCCUCCUGGGCCGCCGCCAGGUGCUCCCCCUGGGUUACCUCCAGGACUACCUCCAGGCCCCCCUCCUGGUGCACCUCCAAUGAUGUUCCGACCUAUGAGAGGUCCGAUGCCACGUAUGUUACCCCCAGGACCUCCACCUGGCAGACCAGCAGGACUACCUCCUGGACCACCACCAGGACUGCCACCAAAUGUUAGAAUGCCACCAAGGAUGCCACCUGGUCCACCUGGUAUUCCUCCUCCUAGAAUGCUCCGUCCACCAGGAGCACCUCCAGGGAUGCCUCCACUCCGACUGGCUCCACCUGGUACUCAACCACUACAGAACCCUAACGUUAUAAGUGCUCAGCCCAGUAUCAUGAAGCCUCCACAGAUAUCAUCUGAAGAAGAAAAGAAGAGUACAACUACAAUAGAAGCUAAACCACAGAUAAAGAACGUUGGUGGUGAUGUCACACGGUUUACACCAGUGGCCUUGAAAAUUAAACGUGAUCCUAGAGAUGCUAAAGGCAGAGUCAUUAAGAAAGCUAAAGAAGAAGAAAAGAGAAUAUCAGGAAUCACACCUAAAUCGGCACCUGUGGUGGCAGCAGCUCAUACUAAGACAAAGGAUGAUGCUUAUGAUCAGUUUAUGAGAGAAAUGGAAGAUUUAAUAUGAGGGAAAAUAAAGAACACAGUACAGAGUAUAGAGAGUUCAAACAUUGACUGUGGAUUAUCUCCCUUAAUUUAAAGAUCACCACACCAUGGAAGCCAUCUGUAUGUUUGUAAACACAGAAAAUUGUGUCACGAGACAAAAGCAUGGAUAUUGAUUUCAAAUCGAGUGUUUUAAUAGAAUAUUUUUUCUUUAUGUGAUACUUGUGACUUAUUUCUUGGAGAUACAGUUAUUUGUUAAUGAUAUCAUGUACAGUUCUACAAAGUACUGUCAACUGAUCGAGUGAUUACCAAAGUUUGUGUAUCUGCAGUAAGGAUUGUUUAUGUUAUUAAUUCCAGUUAUGAUGGAGUUUCUAAGUGAAUCAUUAUGUUUAUCAUUUCAUUGUUCUGAAAAGUUACUUAGCAAAAAUCAGUAAACUUUAUAAUAUUUUGUUUGUAUCUAUGUCACCAUUAUGUAAAGUUUAAAGUAUAAAACUACAAAAUUUUAUUUUUUACUUUUAACUUAAUCACCAUAAAGUAAUCAUAUUUUGAACAGGAAUUAUUGAAAAAGUCCCCUGUAAUACCAACUGAGUCAUGUCAGUGACUGAAUAUUAUGAAUGUUUCAAAACCCAGGUCAAUUCUGUUCAUGAAAAUGUACUGGCCCGAGAACACAGUUAUUUUGUAGUGCAUUUCUUUAGAACAAUAAAUGCAAAAUUGAAAAAAAAACACCCGUGUUUUCUCAAUAAAAAUUUUACAGUGUAUUAAGUGUUUGGGACAAAUUAAAUUAGAAUUAUAGAAAAGUCUACCAGCUCUAACUGAAAAUAUGGACAAUUUUAUGUGAAGGGGUCUAUAAUUCAGAUUUAUAGCUUCAAACAUACUAAUUCUUUACCUCUUUCAAAUGGAUCAAAUCACUACUUUACCUUAAAAUUUUUGUUAUUAUAUCCAAUUUCACCCCCUACCUCCUAUCUAAUGUAUUAAAUAUAAAGAAUUAAAACUGUGUUCCCAGACCUACUGGUAUGUUUUUCUUGUCAGUCAAUAUCAUUAUAGACCUUUCUGAAAUGAGUCUGUUCAAUCUAAAAAUUCAAAUGCAGUUAAUUAAGAAUUGAAUGCUUCUUUUUGUAAAUUUAUUGGGGUGUAAAAGCGUUGACAGAAGUACAUUUUGUAAAAAUGUGCGCACGGUCAACGCUUUUGCAACCCUAUAAAACUACUAAAAGAAGCAUUCAAUACUUAUAAUUACAUUUUUUUCUAGGAUCAUGAAAACACGAUUUCUAUCAAGUUUUUCUUUUGUUUAUCUGUGCACUUUAUUGUGGAAGCUUGUGUCAUCAUGAAUUUUACAUUUCAUGUUGAAAUGAAGAUUAAUUUCAGAAUGUUUGAGAUUGCUGUUAGCCAAUCAAAAUAAUGUAUUAUAAUGAAACAUACAUGUAAUGUAAUUAUUAUCUUUUAACAAUUUUUGGCCUCCCACAGUGUUCAAUAGUUUCAAAGGGGGUGAGUCCAUUGUCAUUUCACAGAAUAUACUUCUGCAACAAGUUUAAGCUAUUUUUUUAUGACAUUCAGUGAAAUUUAAUGAUCGAUGGAACAAAAAUCAGACCUAGAAAAUGGAACUGCCAACAAAAACGGCAUUUUGGGUAGGAUGAGCUGAACUCUUUGUACGGACGCAUGUAACACAGGGAAUUGAGAAGUCCAGAAGGUUCCAAACAUGAAAAAAUACUUCUGCUUUGGGUGUUUUAAGAAAAUCCGCAUUCCACUGACCUAGGGGUAAAUAAAUAGGAAUCAAAAUCAAUGGUUUACCAUGGGGAAUCUACCUUUUAUCCCUCCAUCAACCCCACAAGAAAAUUAGUACCCCAGGAAUAAUAAUUAAUCUGUUAUAGGCUACAUAGACAAUGAGGAUUACAAGAUUGAGUGUGGUUUAUCAUAAUAUCGUCAUCCUAUAAAAUCUAACAUGUUGAAUGUUUGGUAAGAUAAUGUAGGUGUGAAUGCUUCAGAAUGAGUGGGAUUUUAUUACAAAUGGUUCAAAUUUUAAAUUUUAAAUAAAUCUUGGGAUUUAUUUAAAUUUGAAGGGUCAGUUGUGGAUGAAAACUAGCAUGUCUUACCAUUAAAAUGUGAGACGUCAAAUAUGUGUGGUUGUUUUUAAAUAGUUGAAAACAUUUUGAAAAACUAUAUGUAUAUAAUAUGUAGUGUUUACAUAGAGCUUAUGUAUAAAUUAAAAUAUGAAAUAAAACACAAAUUUAAAAAAAA